UGCGCACUGGCACUCACCCCCUCGGUCUGUCCGUCCGUCCGUCGGCGAGAGGAGGCCGGAGCGCCGCGAACAGGGGGCUCGCAUAAAGUGCUGCCCUCACACUUGGCCCACGCUCAGCUUCGGGAUCAUGGCUUCCGAGGAGCUGUACGAGGUAGAGAGAAUUGUGGCCAAGAGGAAAAAUAAAAAGGGGCGAACUGAGUACUUGGUCCGGUGGAAAGGUUAUGACAGUGAUGAUGACACAUGGGAACCAGAACAUCAUCUGGUGAACUGUGAGGAGUAUAUUCUGGAGUUUAACAGGCAGCACAGUGAUAAGCAGAAAGACGGACACAUUUCCAGAGCAAACAAGCAUUCUUUAAACAAUGCUCGCAAACAAAUAUCCAGGUCAACCAACAGUUCUCUAUCAAAGUCUUCUCCCAGAUCACCAGGAAUUGGUAAAGACUCUGACUCAAAAAGCUCAAGCCAGUUCUUGUCAAGUCACCAGAAAUUCCGCAAAACCAGCUCGCAACCUUUCUCCAGUAGGAAGACAAUGGACCUCACUAAAUCGGGCAUCAAAAUCCUGGUUCCCAGAAGCCCUCUAAAGAAUAGGAUAGUGAUUGAUGGUUUUCAGGAUGCCUCGUCAGAUACAUUUGAUCAAAUGGAACAGAAUCCAGACUCUAUAGCGCCAGAUCUGGCCAUUGAGAAGUCAUUCGGGACUCUGCUGGUCCCUGGAACAGAGAGAGCACGAAUGGGAACCAGGCCAAGAACACAGCCAUCGUCACCACAGCUGCCACUGCCAGUCACAGGAGCCAUGGCUUCUGCAUUAUCAUUCAAUGGAAAAGGUUCUCCUACGUUCUUGGAUGCCUUGGGGGCUAACGGUACAACAACUAUUCAAAGUUCAGCAACAGGAGGUACGGGAAACAAGAGGAAAUUUAUAGAUGACAGACGGGACCAACCUUUUGAUAAGAGACUAAGAUUCAGUGUGAGACAAACUGAAAGUGCCUACCGAUACAGAGAUAUUGUUGUCAGGAAACAAGAUGGGUUUACACACAUUUUACUUUCUACUAAGUCAUCGGAAAAUAAUUCCUUAAAUCCAGAGGUAAUGAAGGAAAUGCAAAGUGCUCUGAACACUGCAGCAGCUGAUGACAGCAAAUUGGUUUUGCUGAGUGCCGUAGGAAGUGUGUUUUGUUGUGGUCUUGAUUUUAUUUAUUUCAUUCGACGAUUAACAGACGACCGGAAAAGAGAGAGUAUUAAAAUGACCGAGUCCAUCAGGAGUUUUGUCAACACAUUUAUCCAGUUUAAGAAACCGAUCAUCGUAGCUGUGAAUGGUCCUGCGAUCGGCCUUGGAGCUUCCAUUUUACCUCUCUGUGAUGUGGUGUGGGCGAAUGAGAAAGCCUGGUUCCAGACUCCCUACGCUACAUUUGGACAGACUCCUGAUGGAUGCUCAUCACUGACCUUUCCCCGAAUAAUGGGCCUUGCCUCAGCGAAUGAAAUGCUAUUCAGUGGACGGAAGUUGACUGCACAGGAGGCUUGUGCUAAAGGAUUGGUGUCGCAGGUUUUCUGGCCUGGAACCUUCAGCCAGGAGGUCAUGGUCCGUAUUAAGGAACUCGUCGCCUGUAAUUCCCUUGUACUUGAAGAAUCCAAAGCCCUUGUCCGAAAUGCCAUGAAGGGCGAUUUGGAACAGACCAACGAAAAUGAAUCUUAUGUUCUAAGGAAAAUCUGGAGUUCUUCUCAGGGGAUGGAUUCUAUGCUGAGGUACCUACAGAAGAAGAUCGAUGAGUUCUGAACGUGGAUUGUCUUUGGAAAAAAAUAUUUCCUGCUGGCUUGCCUUGUUGGCUUCUGAAUGCCCUCGCACAGAAGCAGAGGAGCAGGAGAACCCCAACGAUAGACACAUCCUUGAGAGGCAUCUGCCCAGAAGCAAAGGCUGGAAGGUGAAGAGCUGAACUCGUGCUGAGUGCCCAUCAGUCCAAACGACCACGGGAGAGAGCAAGCUGGGGAGAGCUGAAUGAUUUGCCGUGCACUACCAAACUUUGCAGUCUGUCCUUUGCCUGUCCGGUAGCUUUUGCCCUUGACGGUUACUGCACUCAAACACGUUGUCUGAUGCGUUUGAGAGGGGAAUGUUUGGAACGACGCUCAGCUUCAGAAAAUGGGAGGAAAGAAAACGGGUAACAAACCAGCCCGCUUCUCACUGCCAGGGAAUAGCGAGGCUGGUUUAACUAAAAAUAUAUAAAUACUCACAAAAAAUAUUCUAAAAAAGGUCAUAGGUAUAUUGUUGGGGGGGGGGGGGGGGGGGAGGGGAGGAUUACAAAUACCUCAACUAUAAAGAACAGGUGUGAUUUCUGACAGUCGAUCCUAUCUACAACAUAAAUCCUUCAGACGAUACAACACAUCCUUUCAAAGAGUCUGUGUGUACAUGUUAAAUGUGCUCAGGAGGUGUUAUUAAAUGUUUGACCCAGUUCCAGAAUUUAUUCCUAUAUUCUCCAAUACGCAUGAAGAAACCACUGGCUCCUUAAGACAAAACACGCCUUGCAGUAUUAGUGAAUCCUUGUCAAUCUUAUAUAAGGAAACAACAUGAGUUAAGUAUUAGUUUUCAUGUUUUUUUUAAAGUGUAGGGUUUUCCAUUUCUUUUUAAUCAAAUUCAAAAUGUAUCCUUCUGUUUCUGGGUAAAUAUAAAUGAUAGAAAGAGCUUGUGUUUCGUUGCCAGUUUCAAUGUAUUACACCAAAAAUGCUUUAUGAAUUCAUAACUAUGGUCUUAGUGCCACUUUAGAAACAUUUUCUUAAUUUAAUAAGCUUUUAAAUCAAAAACCCCCCUUGGCACACUAUUCAAAACAAAAAUUCUUUUUAAAAAAAACCUUUAAAAGUAGGUGAUUCUUGUAUCUUUUUGUUUAAAUGUUACACUAUGCCAUGUUCUUAACGGUCGGUGCCCCAGAUAAAUAGUAUUGUGCAUUCCUGCUAGGAGUGGUAACUAAUUCCUGUUUGCAGAUAUCUCACUGGAUAUGUAGAGAUCUGCAUUUGCAAUCUUCUCUGAAUGUAUGAAUGGAAAUUAAAUCUUAUUUUUGUACAGUUUGUUUGUACUUAUAAAUGAUCACCUCCCCUCCAGUGGAGAGCUGUACAUUGUGUAAAUCUGCCUUUACUUUGGAUUGGUACAGUAUUUUUGCAUCUGUGGGACCUACUUUUGUUCAGUAGUUUAAACUAUAUUAUAAACUGUACAAUCUGUAAAGUUUUAUAGGUUAUUAAUUAAAAUGAGCUGUGAAAAGAUCUGCGGAAAUAAAACUAAUAUUUCAUAUUCAAAAGUG